CCUUCAUCAUCCCCGACCACGACAGCCGCCGCACACUUCAAGACACUAACAUCACGACUGCGACGACUUCAAAUUCCUCCCUCACUUUCGCACGCCGCGCCUGCUGUUGCAGCGCCCGGACGUCGGUGAGCAGGCGAAACGUCUCAAUCACAAGGCAAGAACAAUCAGAUCAGAAAGAGCGAGGGUAUUGGGUCUAAGACUUCUGUCUUCACUGCAUACGAACUGUGCCAGUCCUUGUUGAAUAGUGUUUCAUCGCGCCGAGUCUGCGUCACUGCGCUCGUGCCGCCACCCGUUAUCUGUCGCAGGCAGUUUUCAUUCAAUACAAAAUCAAGGUCGUGUCAUUCUUGAGCUAGUCGGCAGCGCCUUCGGUUCAUCUACUGUACACCACCGUUUCCUCCACUUUGCACUGUGUAUAUUGCUCGAAAGCAACGGACUCACCUCAAAUCACUCCAAGUACCGCGCCAGCGGUCUCGAUCUCAGUAGCGUUGCCUACUACACUCUCUGUGGAGCGACUUCGACACAUCCGACACCAUGUCUUCCUCCAUCUUCUUCAGAUUCAAGUCCUCAAAGGAGCCCAUGCAGAUCAAUUUCGAUGGUACCAGUCUUUCCGUGUUUGAGGUCAAGCGCGAAAUCAUCAACAUCUCCCGUUUCGGCGAUGGCAGGGACUUCGAUCUCGAGAUUUUUGCCUCUGAUAGCAGCGAGGUUUACGACGAUGACACCACUCAAAUCCCACGCUCAACCACAGUUAUUGCUCAGCGGCGCCCAGCAGCCAAGCCAGGCGCUGGACGAGCAGCUCGAUAUGUAACUGGCCAUAUGCCAAGCUAUGCAAAGAAUCAGCAUCGCGUUGAGAAGGGAGUCAUUGGGAAGAGCACAGCCGUGGGGGCUGGUGCUAUCGAUACGAGCAAUAUGACGGAGGAGGAAAAGCUGCAGGCUGUAAUGAAUGCUAGCAAUACCCAGUUGAAAGCAGAUCUUGAGUCGUCAGCGAGCGUGCCUGUUAAGCGCGGUAACUACAAAGCUGCAGUACCUGAUAAGCCGCUUCCACCAGGCUACGUCUGCUAUCGGUGUCGACAGCGGGGUCACUGGAUCCAAGCUUGUCCAACUAACAACGAUCCCACAUUCGACGGCAAGAAGCCGAAGCGUACCACUGGUAUCCCACGCUCUAUGCUUGAGAAGAUUGAGGAACCAGACACAACCAAAGAGCUUCCACAAGGUGUCUUCAUGACUAACGAUGGUGAUUACGUCCGCGUCAAGACUGAUGAAGCCACCUGGCAGAAGCUGCAGGAGCAGCAGAAGGCCACUGCCGAGAAGGCUAAGGAGCUUGCUCAAGGUGACGAAGAACUUCGUGAGCGUGGUCUGGAAUGUAUGCUUGAUAAACGACCAUUUGUCAAUCCCGUUCAGACACCUUGCUGCCACAUGACGUACUGUCAAGACUGCAUUGAGAACGCCCUUCUGGACAACGACCUGAUCUGCCCAAAUUGUGGCGAGCAAGCACUUCUCGACAAGCUUGAGCCCGACGACAAGAAAGUCAAGGAACUGGCCGACUACGAGAAGGAGAAGAAAGCUGAGAAGCAGCAAAAGGAAAAGGAGAAGUCGAAGACUCCAGAACCGUCCAAGCCUGCAGACACCAAGUCACCGUCCGCCAACGGAACACAAGCCAAGACCAAUGGCGCCAACUCGCCUUCACCAUCAAACUCCAAGAAGCGAGGUGCGGAAGAAGAACUUGAGAACAAGCGACGUCCGAGCAACCCAGCAGAAAUGAGGAAGAGCGUCAUGAAGAGCAUGACAAUCCCUCAGGGGCAAAACGGCAUGAACGCCAUGGUGAACCCAAUGAUGAUGAACGGCGGCAUGCCAAACUUCAUGAGCAUGGGCAUGCCGCCGAUGGGUAUGGGUAUGCCAGGUGUGGGAUUUCCGAACAUGAAUAUGAUGAAUGGGAUGGGCUUCCCGAACAUGGGCAGCAUGAACGGCAUGAAUGGAAUGAACGGAAUGAACGCCAUGAACGCCAUGAACGCCAUGAACGGUAUGGGCUUCCAGCAGCAGUCCUGGCAGAAUGGUCCACAGCAGCGCAACGGACCUCCUACCGGACCUGCUGCUGCUCAGCAGAAUGGUGCGUACUUUCGACAACCUGUCAACCCGCAUCGACAUCAGAACAAGGGCAGGAGGCAACGAAGUGUGGAUUACAAGCAGAUGUAGUAUCAAGAGUGCAGCGAGGAAAUGCGUCGAUGCGAGGCGAAGCGAAAGGGUAUCUCAUGAGUUGAGAAUCUCGGAAAGACCACUAUUACGAACCAGGACAUCUUGACGAUUAGCGAUGGCGUUGGGUUGGAUUGAGCUGCACUCUCACUCGAAGGAAGAUGAUGAGAGACCGCGACACGAUACGGGCAUAUGGUCAUGGUGGUGGCAUUCAUUGGUUUUUUUUUUCAACUACUAUCAUACGAGGCGGAUUGCAGGUCCUCACAGCUGCUGGGCGAUUUAAACAGGUCGCGCUGAAACUUCAGAGAUCGGUUCUCC